CUUUUUUUUCAGUUAUUAUGAUUUUUGAAUUGAGGAUUAAAGAAAAUGAAUUCCAAAUUAUGAUAAAUAAAUUUUGUAAAAUAGUUGCACGUUUUGAUUUCAAUUCGGUUUAAACAUUUUUUUUAAAUAAAACUUUGUGUUUCUAAUUACUUUUCUAAUUUAUUGCAGAUUUUCUUAUAAGCCCGAUUGAAAUCAAUUCCGGAGGUAAAAAACGUGGUCGGAAGCCGAAAAUUAUCAAACAAACAAUAGAUUUGAACGUGAUAUUGUCGCAGCAGCAAGGAAUACCGGUGGUGUACAACAAUACUCGUUUCGGAUCGGCCACGGUGACAUAUGCGAGUGAAAUUUUCCAGUUUGCCUACAAAAAAGAAGGCCUUAACUUCUACCGUUGUAUGAACUAUCGUAAAGCGGGAUGCGCGGCUCAGAUUUUCAUCAAAGAUGAGCUCAUAUACUGCAUCAGCGCCGAGCACAAUCACGAAAAAAACGAUCCGGCCAGCGUGGACGUUUGUGGGUCGUACCGAAUCCAGCGGAAGAAUUGAUUGUUACUGAAAAAGCUUCCAAAAUCUUUCUUACUCAAUUUGAAUCGAUUUCAGUAGACCAGUUGAGGUUUACAAUAUUUGCUAACAAAGUAGGCAGCAUCAACAUCAAUGAUGAUGAAAUAGAAAAAAAAUACAAUUUUUAUAGCUUUUUAUCGACGAACACAUUAAUGUAUUUCGAAACACAUUAAAAGAAUCGAAAUACCAUUACUCAUUGGAAGCAUUGGAAGCACCUUACUUGUGCCUUACUUUUUUUUAAGUUUUUUUUUAUAGAUGUAGUUUUCAUUUGGACACAAAAACACAUUUAAUACUUUUAUUCUUUUCAUGAUAAACUUCAGGUUUGAGUCCUUUAAAAGAAGUGCGUUUAAAAUAAAGUAAACUCAAUUUACAAAAAUAAUUUGCGAAAAUUACUGUUUUUCAUCUUCUAUUAAAAAAACGUUAUUACCUAUAAUCUAAUGAAACCAACAUUAUGUUUUCGCAGGAGCACCGAUGAUACAAUUCAUCAUGGGACCGCGGGGCACGAUGCAGCUUGUUAUCGAGAAAAACUCUUUCCAACGCUCUCAGGUCCGAGAAAAUAUCAUCAUCUGGACGUGCUCUCAGAAAAGAAAUGGGGGCUGCAAAAGCCGUGUCACAACCAUCCGCGGGAGGCCGGGAAUAGUGCGCUCCUACCGAAACGAUCACAACCAUUCACCGAAAACGCGAAGACUCGGGCCGGAAGUCAAGGAAUUAAAAAGGUCUCCGGAAAACUGUUUUACCUGGAAGCGGAACACGACGGCUAUGAGAUUAUUAGUGUGGAGGAACCGGUCGUCAAACUCCCAAAGUAUUCCCCGGAUAAGAGUGAUCGAACCUCGUCGGCCAGCAACAAGGCGUCCGCACAGAACAAACCAACGGUGAUCGCGGGUAUUACCUUUCCCAUUGCCGAGCAGGAGGACAUCGAGCGGCUAGAGAUGUUGGUUGUGAAGAAUGAUAAAGUGAGGAAAUCCUACGUCGACUUUUUGAUGCGCAAGAAGGGCAGCAUGUCGAUUGUACAAUUUAUGCCCUCGGUUUUUGCCGACGAAGCUCUGGAAAGCUACAACUACAACGGAUCGAAUACCUUGGGCAAAAUGAAGCUUCCGAUGAGAGGUUACGAAAUAUUUUCCAACUGUUUUCUCGAUGCCUACGCCUCCGAAGGAUUGGACCAAACUGAGCUGGCCGCGCAGAUGGCUGCCGCCAUCAAACAGUGCCGCAAUCGCAUGCGCCAGAGAACGUUCCGUGCUAAGAAAUCGAUCAAGAAAAUGCUCAACCAAUAAGAUACAUUACAAGAAAUCUCUUGAAUAAAACAGAAAAAAGAUGCCUAAGAAAAAUAUGCUUUCCGCCGUUUUGUUUUGCAGUACGCGUAAUUUUCAACUCCCUAAUAAAAACUUAUGUUUUAGGAACGCAACGAACGUAUAAACGCAGUUCGGCAACCCAACCGAAAAGAUCACAGCGAGUCCCCGGAUUCAAUUUCCCUCUUCGAUGCGAGGAAGACAUCGAACGGCUAGAAAAGCUGGUCACCGUAGACGAGCACAUCAGAGAACAAUACGUGCGCUACCUCGCAACGGUGAAGAAACCUCAGGAACGGGUCAAUUCCGUGAUCAACCAAAUUUUUACCGACAAAGUGCUGUGCGAUUUCACCUUCCAUGGUUUGGUCAAUUCCAACUACUGUAAAAAAGCGAUCAAAAACUAUCUCAUUUUUACCGAUUGUUUAAUAGAUGCCUGGACUGAGCACGGGGUUACGAUGGAAACUUUGAAACCGGAGCUCAUACGGGCGGUCCAACGAGCCAAGCAACAUCUUUCCUCGGCACGCUACUAUCAGCGGUACAAGCCCCGUUUGCUGGCGAAGCGUAAAGAAAAUUGGCACAAAAAGCGGGGGGCAAUGGAAGAUGGCUCAGAGAAUGAAUGAUAGUUGAAAUCGGAGGCCUCUAAAUGAUACAGUAGCUAAUUAGUUGUCGGAACAACCUUUGUCAAGUGGUGGCUCCAGAGAGUCGUACUGCAAGUACCCUUGGAUUUUGUUCGUCAAUCUGUUGAUUUCACUUGUUUCUUUGUUGUUCAACUCCUUGAGGAUUUUUUUUUUGAUUUUUAUAACUCUAUUUUUGCCAUUUUUGCUUUGUGCUUAUAAAUGUUUAAUGAACGAGUUCGCCAUUUGGAAGACGAAAACAACUUAAGAGUGUGAUCACGAAUGAUGAAUAAAAUCGACGACUUUUUUUGACAUUCCGUGUUUUUGAAGGCCUUCAGGUAAUAUUGUGGUUAACUAAUUAAGUGCCGAAAAUCUAUGAAAACAUUUCGCGAGGUGGCUCCAGAGAGUCUGUAUUCAGGUAGACCUGGUUCGUUUUAGUUUAUUUUGUGAUAUUUUUAAACAUAUUUUGAGAGUUUUCUUAAACGCAACCUAAUUGACGUAUAAAGCGAAAGUCAGUAAAACACUGUAGUGAAAAUGGAUCAUUUAUAAAAUUGAAGACAUUUUAAGGAAGAGUGUUUUGGCGAAAAUCUUUAGAAACGUAUCAUGUGAUGGCUCCAGAGAGUUCAGCCGUUUGAUUAUUUUUUUUUUAUGAUCUAGUGGCGAUAAGCAUAUUUCAUUAGUUAUAUAAAGGAAAGAAAAACAUGAUUAUCAAACACCAGCAUAUUAUUGAAAUCCAUUUUUCGUAAUUCCACCGGAAGACUACAAUGCAGAGUGAAGGUACGCCAAUGAUCACGCAAAUUGUGGAAGAAAUGAUUGCAAUUGUGUAGUCAAUUAUUGAAUUAAUGUUCAUAAGUGUGCACAGUUGUGCGUGAAAAAAAGAAAAUGUGAGAAAACGAGAGAAACCUAUGCCCAGAAGAAGAAAUUUUGUGAAUUGUAAAAAUGACAAAGUUAAAAAAAUAUAAAAAUGUCAAAAAUGAUCAAAUGACAAAAAUCACAGAAAAGACAAAAAUGGCAUACAUAAAUGACAAAAAUGUGUAAUUUAACACAAACACAAACAUAAAUGACAAAACCUACAAAAUCGACAAAAAUGAAAAUAGCAAAACUACAAGAAUUAAAAAAUGACAAAAAUAACAAAAAUCGACGGCAAAAACUACAAGAAUGAAAAUAAAACAAAAAUAACAAAAUGAAAAAAGGAACAAAAAUGAAAAAAAAGACAAAACCUACGAAAAUGAAUUGAAAUGACAAAAAUGACAAAAAUUACAAAAAUAACAAAAAUGACAAAAAUAACCAAAAUGACCAAAUUGACCAAAAAUCAAAAUAACCAAAAUGACAAAAAUGACAAAAUAAUAAAAAUGACAAAUAUUACAAAAAUUACAAAAAUGAAAAAAUUGACAAAAAUGAUAAAAUAUACAAAAAUCACAAAAAAUGACAAAAUGACCAAAUUGACAAAAAUGACCAAAAUGACCAAAAUAACCAAAAUAACCAAAAUGACAAAAACUAUCAAAAUGACAUAAAUGACAAAAAUGACCAAAAUUACAAAAUUGAUAAAAACGACAAAAAUGAAAAGAAAUGACAAAAGUAACAAAAAUCACUAAAAUGACAAAAAUGACCAAAAUUACAAAAAUUACAAAAAUUACAAAAAUAACAAAAAUUACAAAAAUGAAAAAAAUGACAAAAAUGACCAAAAUGACCAAAAUGACCAAAAUGACCUAAAUGACCAAAAUAACCAAAAUAACAAAAAUAACCAAAAUAAUCAAAAUGACCAAAAUGACUAAAAUUAAUUGAUAAAAAUGACCAAAAUGAAAAAAAAUGACAAAAAUGAAAAAAAUGACAAAAAUGACAAAAAUAACAAAAAUGA